AGGCUCCAACUCCUCCAUGGCUUCCUCUGCUUCCCCUUUUCUUCCUCUUCCUCUAUCUGCUCCCAAUUCACAUUCUCUCUCCACUGACACUACUGAUUCCUCCUCACUCUUGUCAAUUCCGAACCCGACACUCAAAACCCCUUCAAUUCGCUCUCGCCUGAGCAAACUAUGUCAAGAAGGUCAGCCUCACCUUGCCCGCCAAUUGUUCGACACUCUUCCUCGCCCUUCCACUGUUCUCUGGAACACCAUCAUCAUUGGGUUCAUCUGCAACAAUAUGCCCUUGGAAGCCUUGCUGUUCUACAGUCAAAUGAAGUCUACCCCGGGUACUCGAUUCGAUUCUUAUACUUACUCUUCCACUCUCAAGGCCUGUGCUGAAACGCGAAAUCUUCGAGCUGGUAACGCUGUGCAUUGCCAUUUUCUUCGGUGCCAAUCUAACCCAAAUCCCAGUAGGAUUGUUUAUAACUCGCUCUUGAACAUGUACUCUGCGUGCUUGAGUGGUGUGGAAUAUUGUGGUUCGAAGAAUGAUUAUGUGCUUAAAGUGUUCAACUUGAUGCGUAAACGUAAUGUUGUUGCUUGGAAUACCUUGAUGUCAUGGUAUGUGAAGAUGGAGGCGCACGCUGAAGCAGUUAAAUUAUUCAGCACGAUGAUGAGAAUGAGAAUAAUGCCAAGUUCUGUCAGUUUUGUAAAUGUUUUCCCCGCUGUGUCGAGCUUGGGAGAUUAUAAGAUUGCUGAUAUAAUUUAUGGUUUGCUUCAUAAAUUUGGGAGCGAGUAUGUGGAGGAUGUGUUUGUUUUGAGCUCAACUAUUAAUAUGUAUGCUGAGCUUGGCUGCCUUAGCCAUGCUAAGUUGAUUUUUGAACAAUGUAAAGAGAGGAAUACUGAGAUAUGGAACACUAUGAUUGGUGGAUAUGUUCAAAAUAAUUGCCCAAUUGAAGCAGUCGGCAUUUUUAUUCAAGCCUUAGAAUCAGAAGAGGCUGUAUGUGAUGAUGUGACUUUUCUAUCCGCCCUAACGGCUAUUUCACUGUUGCAGCAGAUAAAAAUGGCUGAGCAGCUACAUGCUUUUAUUUUAAAAAAUAUGGCAACUUUAUCAAUUAUUAUUCUCAAUGCAAUUAUUGUUAUGUACUCAAGGUGCAAUUCAAUCGAUACAUCAUUCAAAGUUUUCCAUAAGAUGCUUGAGAGGGAUGUAGUUUCAUGGAAUACCAUGAUUUCUUCUUUUGUGCAAAAUGGUUUGGAUGAAGAAGCACUGUUGCUUGUCUAUGAGAUGCAGAACCAAGGGUUUAUGAUUGAUUCUGUGACUGUGACGUCUCUUCUUUCCACAGCAUCUAAUCUUAGGAACAAAUAUAUUGGAAAGCAGACUCACGCUUAUGCAAUUCGUCAUGGGAUACAAUUCGAGGGAAUGGAGAGCUAUCUUAUAGAUAUGUAUGCAAAAUGCGGUUUGGUUAGAACUUCAGAAUGGAUAUUUAAGCAAAACUGUCCUAUUGAUAAAGAUCAUUCUACAUGGAAUGCGAUGAUUGCUGGUUACACACAAAAUAGGCGGCACGAAAAAGCCUUUCUGGUUCUUAGAGAGAUGCUUGAGCAGAGGGUAACACCUAAUGCUGUGACUUUAGCAUCAAUUCUUCCAGCCUGUAGUUCAAUGGGAAGCGUAGCAUUCGCCAAGGAACUUCAUGGAUUCUCCAUUCGUCACAGCUUGGACCUAAAUGUUUAUGUGGGAACUGCUUUGGUUGACACAUAUUCCAAAUCAGGUGCAAUCAGUUAUGCGGAAAAUGUGUUUACUAGUAUACCUGAGAAGAAUUCCGUCACAUAUACCACAAUGAUGUUGGGUUGUGGCCAGCAUGGGAUGGGCAAGAGAGCUCUUUCUCUGUUUCAUUCUAUGCUGGGCUCUGGCCAUAAACCUGAUGCAGUUACUUUCGUUGCCAUUUUGUCUGCUUGUGGUUAUGCUGGUAUGGUUGAUGAAGGUAUGGAAAUAUUUGACUCUAUGGAUGAAGUACAUAAAAUUAAACCCUCAGUUGAACACUAUUGCUGUGUUACUGACAUGUUAGGGAGGGAGGGGAGGGUGCUUGAAGCCUAUGAUUUUGUCAAGGGAUUGGGUGAAGAUGGUAAUGCACUAGAAAUUUGGGGAUCACUUCUUGGUGCUUGCAGAAAUCAUGGAUACUUUGAAUUGGGAAAAGAUAUUGCUAAUAAGUUGCUUGAUAUGGAGACACAAAAAGGGAUAGCUGGUUACCAUGUUUUGCUCUCAAAUAUGUUUGCAGAAGAAGGAGAGUGGGAAAAUGUUGAUAAAUUGAGAAUUCGGAUGAAGGAAAAAGGUUUGCAGAAGGAAACAGGAUGUAGUUGGGUUGAGAUUGCCGGGUCUGUGAACUGCUUUGUAUCUAAAGAUGAGAGGCACCCCGAAAGUGAUGAGAUAUAUAGUAUUCUUGACAGGUUAACUAUGGAGAUGAAGCAUGAAGGUUAUAAGGCAUGUUGCAGCCCAAAAUUAUGGAUUUUGGAAUAUGAUGAAUGAGGUGAAUUUUUUGUCAACAUAAAUAAAUGCAUGGUCAAGAUUGCAGAAAGCAAGAAAAUGAAGGAAUCCUGUCAUUAUACUUGUCACCGGCUUGGUUGCACAAUCAAGGUGUAAACACUGCAAGAUUGAUGUUGAUUUUCCACUGCUGCCAAUUCACGCACCGUUGAACGUGGGAACAGAAACUGUGAAGUGUAUUCUUCGGUCCAGUUGUCACUAAUAGCUUCCUGAAUGUGUCCAUAUGUAAUAUGACGCAUUCAAGAGCCGGAAGGUCAACCAAGGGAGGUUAUAUAACCAUCCAUAUUGUAAUUGAUUCAGAACUGAGCAAGGGAAAGAAAGAUGACAACUCAGAUAGCCUCUUUGGCAUUUUUCAGUAUCUUUAUGCAAUCAUCAUCCCCCCAAUCGUGCAAAACCCACUGUAAAGAUAAACCUGCAACAAUUUCAGGAAGAUCAAGCACUGUGCAUUUCAACUUGGGAAAUGCUUCACAGAUAAUCUUCGCAGUGGUGCCAGUUCCACCACCAACAUCAACGACGGAACUGA